CCAGAGGCAGCAGUGGACAGGAUGAGAGAUCUCCAUCAGGAUAACUGAGACUCACGGAGCUGCUGCUUCACCGCACGCUCAAAACAGAUACGAACAAUUCAACGAUAAUCCGAUUAUUUACCAAAAAAGGGAUGAAGAGCAUCAACUUUUUUACCGACGUGCUGCUUCUAUUCAUAGCCAGUGAUGCGAGCGCUUGGAUUAUCAGAAACGCGACCGAAACGCUCGCCGGAACCAAUAUCACUAUCAAUACAUCGGAAAUGGGAAAAGAAGGAUUAGCAUCCAUGCCCAAAUCAAGGCGAAAACGGUACAUUUCUCAAAGUGACAUGAUAGCUAUUCUGGACUAUCACAACAAAGUGCGAGCGAAUGUUUUCCCACCUGCAGCCAACAUGGAGUAUAUGGUUUGGGAUGAAGGCCUGGCCAGGUCAGCAGAAGCUUGGGCAGCCACGUGUAUUUGGGAACAUGGACCUCCUUACCUUCUCCGAUAUCUGGGUCAAAACCUCUCAGUCCGAACUGGCAAUUACCUCUCCAUUCUUCAGCUGGUUAAACCUUGGUACGAUGAGGUCAGAGAUUAUGUGUUUCCAUACCCACAUGACUGCAACCCUCGUUGCCCGAUGCUCUGUUUCGGACCCAUGUGCACACAUUACACGCAAAUGGUGUGGGCGUCAUCAAACAGAGUUGGAUGCGCCAUCCAAACCUGUUACAAUAUGGUAGUGUGGGGUGCCGUGUGGAGGGAGGCAACAUAUUUGGUCUGCAAUUAUUCUCCAAAGGGUAACUGGAUUGGUGAGGCACCUUACAGAGUCGGAGUGCCAUGUUCAGCCUGUCCUCCAAGCUACGGAGGUUCAUGCAGCAACAACAUGUGCUUCCCUGCCAUCAACUCAAACUUCAUGUAUUGGUUUAAAUAAGCUGUCUGCCGUAUGUUUAAAGGAAUAGUUCACGCGAAAAUGAAAAAAGAUUUUGAGAGUUUGUUUCUUUCUCAGAACAGAUAAAGAGAAAUGCAGCAUUAUAUCACUUGCUUACCAGUGGAUCCCCUGUAGUGAAUGGGUGCCGUCAAAAUGAGAGCGCAAACAGCUGAUAAAAACAUCACGGUAAUCCAGUCAAAAAGUCAAAAUCACAGUCUGUAUCAGAAAAGAAAUACCCACCAAACAAGCAUUGUUUACAAGCAAAAUCUGUCUAAAAGCAGUUCUAGACAGAAAAUGAAGACUUCCAGUGAAUUUUGAUCAAAGAGGGCAGCAGAGGAUAGAGAUUUUUUCACUUGAGGAAGCGUUAUUAUGGGUAUUUUUUUGUCAGAAACCACUUUUUAAAGUUAAAAGCAGUGCAUUUGUUUCUAGCAAGAUGCUGUUAGAUAUUCCAAGACAUUAAUUAAUGGAUUUGAGUCAUGUGCAUUAUGUGGAUUAUUGUGAUGUUUAUAUCAGCUUUGGACGGCACCCAUUCACUGCAGAGUGAUGCGCACUGGUAAGUAAUAAUAUCAAGUGAUUUUCUCUGUUCAGAUGAAGAAACUAACUCAUCUAUCAUCUCAGAUGGCCUGAAGGUUCCAGCUAUUUUUUUGGGUGAACUGUUUCUUUAAUGCUAUUGAGUGCAUUUUUUUACCUAUCUAUACUGAUUUUGUACAACAGAUAUAGCUGCUUUUUUGUAUGUGAUACUGUCGAUUCCAGAAAUGGUGCUAAUGUUAUUACAAUCUUAACAUGACUGUUUUAGAAUCAGCCAUCAUAUUGAUGCUUACGAAUAGAUUCAUUAUAUUUUCUUCCGGUGCACAGAUCAACUCUUUGCUGAUCACUCUAUAUAACUUUGUUUAUAUUCCACUUUUUUGUACACAUAUGUUUCUUUAUUUUUUUUAAAUAGUUUCAUCAGGGUUUGUCCAAGGUGCUUAGACAUAAAACAUUCAAGGAAGUUUUUAAAGCUGUCCGUUCAUUUUCUGUACCAAAAAAAGUUUUUUGAAUAGUAUUGUUAAAUGUAGUUUCAGCAUUUUUAUUUGGUCAUUUGAAGUUUUUUAUGUGUUUAGAUAUAUUCUAUGUUGUUGUGUGCGUGAUACUUUUAUCUAUAUUGGCAGUUCAUGAUAAAUUAUCAUGGCAUGGUGCUUUUUGAUGACAAGGAUUGUUAUUCUGAAUUUGAUUUGCUUUGUACAAUGUUUGCUGAACAGUAACAUUGCUAUGGUUACGCUUACAUGACCUCAGAUUUGUGACCUCUCCCCAACUCCACAUCCUCAUUUUAAAGCUAGUUCUCUGGAGGAGAAAAGGUGCAUCUAAACUAUGAAAAAAUUGUAUUAUCUCAUAUAAAUUUGUAUUGUAUAUAUAUAUAUAUAUAUAUAUAUAUAUAUAUAAACUUUUUUGUGCCAGACUAUUGUACCAAACUGUGGCUCAUUGAGACGUUAUAUAUAUUGAGACGUAUUAGUCCUUCAUUCACAGUUUAUAAUGGUAUUGUUGUCUUCUUGAACACAUGCUACCUGUGAGUGUGUUUUCAAGGUAUAGUUUACAUGAGGUUGACAUUGCAUUUAAAAUAUUGCUUUUGCAAAUAUAUACUGACUAUUUCUUCGAAUUCAAUACUGAGUUCAUUUGUAAACACAUUUCUAAGAUUUUCCUGGCCCAUGUUGCUCAUUGUCUUUCAGAGGCUGCUGCCUUUAUUGAUUGUGUAAAUGUUUGUCCAUGAAGCUAAACGGUUCCAGUUUUCCUGGACAGUUUUGCAGUGUUGCUUCUCAUCCACUUUCCAGAUUGUCUUUUGCACAUUUUUUUUUUUUUUUUGUUUACCUCAUGUAGCUUAAAAUAUGGCUAAUAUACUGUUCUGUUUCUGAUGAAAAACUCAGAGCUGUCCAAACAUCUGCAGGCCUCAGGUUUUGAGUCACCUGAAAAUAUUCCUGAUCACUGUGCAAGACUGAUCUGGUGAAAACAUUCUCAGCAUUUCUGUAUGUUGAUUAAGCCGAAAUAUGAGAAAUAGUGAACCAAUAGUAUGUUUGCUCAGAGAAAAAAACAACACACCCUUAUUUUUUUAAUUUUGCAGACCAUCAAUAUUGGCAAUGGAUGUAAGCAGAAAGAAACUGAAAGACCUUCCUCCUCUCCACCACCAAAUAACAAACAUAACAACCCAGCUCCCUCAGCAAAAUAUAGGUCAGAACCACUGCAUACAUUAACUGGGCCUGAGCGAAGGCCU